UUUUAAGUUGAUUUAACGUUUCAUCAGCUAAUUUUAGAAGCUUGCAUGUUGAACAAAGGUAGUCGAUUAGUUUGUUUAUGCAUCUGUUCAGAUUCUAAACAGGCGAAAAAGGAGAAGAUAAUCAGCUUAAAGCUGAAUAAAGUAGCAUUUAUUAGCGCUUCUUCAACUUUUAUAUGGCUAUUCAUAUUGCUACUGUACCACUUCUGCAAAAUGAAGAAAUACUUAUUCAGUUUCUAAACAGCUUUACUUUCAGCCUUUGUUCAGCUGCUUUUGACCAAUUUUCACGUGUUAUAUAAUUUGUUUCCUUGCUGAAAAGUAGCUUUUGCAGAUAUUAUACAGUCUAUUUUUCAACUCUUCUUCAGCUUGUUAUAAAUAAAACAAAAAUGUUUUUUUUUUAUAUAUUUAUUACGAUUUAUUAUCGACAUUAGCUUUCUUUUAACUUCAAUUUCACACUUAUUUUAUUAUUUUAUUUAAAAUCGUAAUACUUACUUUUUUUAUUUUAUAGUGUCUUCUGUGCGAUUUGAACCUGCUACCUCUCGAUCCAUAUAUCACUGCCUAUCCCACUGAGCUAAUCUGGCACUUACCAAAAAUGUGUAUUUUAUUGUAUAAAUGAAAUGCUUUGGAAGCUGAACAACAGCUGAAAUAAAUUUGAAGAAGCGCUGUUUAUUUGUCGAACAAAAGCUGAAAAUAAUUAUCGGAAUUUUAGUUGAAUAACUUCUGAAUACUUUCUGCAAAAGUAAACAACGCCACAUUCACUAAAUUUUAGCUGAAUUGAGAUUGAUUAUUAGCAGAACAAAACACUCCUGGGAUUUACCGCGAAAAUACUGUCUUGUCUGUAAACGGAGAUCAAAAUUUAUUUGUUUUUCCUAUUUUUAUAGUGAUUUUUGCGUAAGUUUUAAGUCAAAAUGAAUAGGUGUAAUCCAGAACCCCAUUUUAAAAUCGUUGAGACGAUAGAAGCUGGAAGGUCGGUCUUAACUGUUGUUCCACACAAGUGGAUAAAAAACAAAAUUUUAUUUUGGCCACCAAAAAACGUGAAAAAUCUGAUAAAGGAUGUCAAUUCUACUCCAGACAUUACGUGGAAUAAAAUAAUAUGUCGCAUCAAAAGAAAUUAUUAUAAAAAUCGCAUUGCAGCUGAAACUGAACUUUUAGAAAUGUCGGGAGGUUCGGCAACGUCUUCAACUGAUUCCGAGGUUUUAGGAGAAAUGAAAGAAAAAAAUAAAGUAAGAAACACAAAAAAGGUCACUAGUCAACAAAAUUUUGAAACUCUGUUUGCAUCAUCAUCGUCAAAAUUUUGUUCGUUUCAACCAAUCAUACCGGAAGAAACUCCUGAGCCUGUUGUUGAAAGCGAAAAUAUAAUUUUGGAAACCAAUUUUUCGGAUGAGGCAAUUAUUUCUCCUGAAGCAAUUGCAAAUGCGCAGUUUUUAAAUGUCAUCGAACAGCCUUUGAUUGGAGAAGAAAGUAAAAACGACAUUAUUAACAAGUUGAAUGACAUUGAGCAAAAAUUUAAUCAGUUUAAAAAUGAUAUAACAGAGAGCGUAAAAGAUAUGUUGGUGAAGGCAGUUGCGGCAAUUAAAUCAGAUUUUGAUGCCAAAUUAUUGUCAGCAAUGCAGAAUUUUAAAAACAAUCAUCAGGAUGAUGACAAUAUUCAAUUUGAAUUUCAUGCCGUUUCAACCUCACAGGAGUUAAGUAAAUUAGAGGAAAAUCUCAAAGAUCCAAAUUAUGAAAAGAAAGUAAGAAAUUAUUUUAAAAAAAUUAUUGGUAAUAUUCCUGAUACUAGUAAUGGUUUGGAUACCUGCUAUAGUAUUGUAGAUUAUUUUUUUGAGAAAAAAUUUAUGGUGCAGUGUUCGUGGACGGGAGGAAGUAGAAGCAACACUGAAAAAUGUUGUAUUAAAAAUUGCAAAAAUAUUUUAGAAGUGUUUUUUACAAUAGUCCAAAGUUCCAAUAAAGAUUUUUCGAAGGCUUUGUUGAAAAAAUUUAUAAUUGGAAUUACAAGAAAUGCAAAGAAGCGUAGUUUAACUGGAGGCAUCCGCCAAUCUUCAAUACAUAGAAGAAAAAAAUCAAUGGUUAAAAAACAACGUUUAAGUGGAAACAGAAAAGGUGUUGCUCAAAGACAAGGUAAAGGUACCUAUAUUAAAAAAAUGUAUAACAUAAAAAUUAUUAUUUCAGGCGAAAAUGAAAUUUUUUAUGAAAAUGAGCAAUCAUUUAAUGAAGAAAAAGAAUAUGAUGAAGAUAACGAUGAAUAUGGUAUGGAAAAAUAUGAAGCUGACGGUGAAGAUGCUAUAAUAGAACAUGACGAGGUUGAAGAGGAAGAUAAUAAUGAUACAGACACGGACUAAAAGAACAUUUUUAUUAAAAAAACUUUUUAAUUUACAUUCAAGUUUUGUUUAUUUUUAAUAGUGUGUAGAAGAGGAAUAAAAACAAUUUUACUUUCA